AAUAUGAUGAGCUGGUUGAAUAUUUCAUAAACAUCUCUGUGUAUGUGAUUAUAAGGCAUGCAAGUCUCACGCUUUUUGGAGGCCCAGCUGGUGUCGGUAAUCGACGCGCCGCUCCGUGCAUGCGGGCGAGAUGACGCCGCCUAGCCGGGCGGUGCGCCACCGCUCGCGGCGCCGGCUGGCCGCGCUCGCGUUCCUCUCCAACAUCUCGCUGGACGGCACGUACCGCGACACAAAGAUUAGCGGCCUCAACGCGCGCCGCGCCGCCGCCGUCGCCGACGAGCCUGCCGACGGCGCUGGCGACGGGGACGUCACAGACGCGGCGGCGCGCGAGGCGACGAUGGCGCCACCGCCGCCGCCGCCGCCGCCGCCGCCGUCGUCGUCGGUGGGCCGCCUGCAGCGACAGAAGAGCAUCGACUCGAGCAAUGCUAGCGAGCCGAGCCGGGACAGGCUGACCUUCGACGUCGCUGGACACCACCGCGAGAGGUGUCAGACGGUGGGCAGUGAAGCUGACGGCAGGGUGCGCCGGCUGGUGCAGCAGGCCAACAUCGGCAGCCUGCUGGACGACAUGCUCGGCCACGGCAGCAGCAGCUGCGAGAGCGUCUGCGGCAGCGUCCGCAGCCACAAGCUGUGCGGCAGCGUGUCCGAAGUGUCGGCACCGGGCGUGCGGUUCCUGCCGGCGGCGCGCGACCGUGCCUGCUUCGGCGACGACCGGCUGGUGCUGACGCGCCACGGCCGCCGGGAGCGGCACGAGCGCGGCGACCUGAACUCGCGGAGGCGCUACAACUCGGGCAGCCGCGCGCCGCUCUCCACCAUCGCCGACCGCGUGGACGCCUUCUCGCUGCUGGGCAUGGAGCCGCUGCAGGAGGGCCAGGAGGUUUCAUACAGCGAGCUUCUGCUGCCGUCCUCCGCCGGCGGCCGCCUGCCGCGCCGGCUCCACUCGGUGGAGAACGAGCUGGAGGCGGCGGCGGUCGUCCACCAGCGCAAUGCCCAGCUCAGCCUGAACCGAUGCGUGUCGCACGAGCCGAGCAGCGGUGGCCGCGCCGCCUCCUCCAGCUGGUCCAGUGACAGAGUGGUGGAUGAGGAGCCGGCUCAGGAGGCGAGCGGCGUUCCGUACGAUCCGCUGCUGCUGGACAACCCGGAGACCCAGUCCGAGAAUCACCGCACCGUGCUGACCUUCAGGUCGUACCGGUCGUCUAUCAUCGACUACAUGAAGCCGUCCGACCUGAAGCGGGUCACCAACGAGCAGUUCCGCGAGCAGUUCCCACACAUCCGGCUAACGCUUUCCAAGCUGCGCAGCCUGAAGCGCGACCUACGUCGGAUCGCCGCCGACUGCCAUAUCGACGUGCUGAGCGUGGCGCAGGCGCACGUCUACUUCGAGAAGCUGGCGCUGCGCGGCCUCAUCGACAAGCCCAACCGCAAGCUGGUGGCCGGCGCUUGCCUCCUGCUCGCCGCCAAGAUGAACGACGUCAAGGGAGACACCAUGAGCCAACUGAUGGAGCGCACCGAGACGGUAUUCCGCAUCCACCGGCGCGACCUCAUCAACUGCGAGUUCGGGGUUCUGGUGGCGCUCGAGUUCGCGCUCCACCUGCACACAGGCGAGGUGGAGCCGCACCUGCGCCGCCUGGAGGCCGGACUCUGA